GCGUCAAUUUGGGUUUCAACCACGUCUUCAGUCUCGGAGCGGAGCUACUCAGAAGAGCCAAAACAGGAAGGGGGUUGCAAAUCAGUGUGCAAAGGGGAGGACCGAAGCUUCCCCUCCCCCCACUCCUCCAGCCCCCUCUCAUCCUCCUCCUCCACCUUCCCCACCGCUCGUGUCUCCAGGUUUUGUUUUCCGUUUUUUUUUAAUUAUUAUUAUUAUUAUUAUUAUUAUUAUUAUUAUUAUUAUUUAUUUAUUUUCUUUUUUUAAACCACGUUGGAAAAGCCGGCUGCCCGGGUGGUUUGAGAGACAGGGGGUCAGCUUCGGAGCUCCGGGCAGGUCUCUGGACACCGGGGGUAGGCUCAGGCUUCUCGGCAGAAAGCUCCAGCACCGCGGGCGGAGGCUCCAGCACCGUGGACAGCAUCCCCAGAACCGGGGACAGCAUCUCCAGCACCGCGGGCAGCAUCCCCAGCACCGCGGGUAGCGCACGCUGCCAACAUGGCUCCGAUCGCGGCCAGCCGCCAGCACUUCGAUGAAAUUCCUACAGUGGUUGGGAUCUUUAGUGCAUUUGGCCUUGUCUUCUCUGUCUCCCUUUUUGCUUGGAUCUGCUGCCAACGCAAAUCUUCCAAAUCCAAUAAGACCCCUCCAUAUAAGUUUGUCCAUGUUCUGAAGGGAGUUGAUAUUUAUCCUGAGAAUCUCAACAGUAAGAAGAAGUUUGGAGCAGAUGAUAAAAGUGAAGCAAAGAACAAAUCGGCAAUGCCUAAGAAUUCUCUCCAUCUAGACCUGGAGAAGAGAGAUCUAAAUGGCAAUUUCCCCAAAACAACCUCUAAAACGCAGAGCUCUCCAGAUCUUGAAAACGUGUCUCCAAAACACUUUUCAGAAAGGAAGAAAGAUUCAGUAUCCCCUGAUAGUUUAAAGUCCAUCACAUCCUUGUCAUCUGAAGAAAAACAAGACAAGCUAGGAACAAUCUUUUUCUCUUUAGAGUACAACUUUGAGAAAAAGGCAUUUGUAGUGAACAUCAAAGAAGCACGUGGGCUGCCAGCAAUGGAUGAACAGUCAAUGACUUCUGAUCCUUACAUCAAAAUGACAAUCCUGCCUGAGAAAAAGCACAAGGUGAAAACCAGAGUGCUGAGAAAAACAUUAGAUCCAGCUUUUGAUGAGACUUUCACAUUCUAUGGGAUCCCCUACAGCCAAAUUCAAGAUUUAACACUUCACUUUAUGAUCUUGAGCUUUGACAGGUUUUCCAGAGAUGAUGUCAUUGGAGAAGUCCUCAUCCCCCUUGCAGGAAUUGAAUUGUCAGAAGGAAGGAUGCUAAUGGACAGAGAGAUCAUCAAAAGAAAUGUUAGGAAAUCAUCUGGGCGUGGAGAAUUACUGAUCUCUCUCUGUUAUCAGUCUACAACAAACACGCUAACUGUUGUUGUUUUAAAAGCCAGGCAUCUACCUAAGUCUGAUGUGUCAGGAUUAUCAGAUCCUUAUGUCAAAGUGAACCUGUACCACGCUAAGAAAAGAAUUUCUAAAAAGAAAACCCAUGUGAAGAAGUGUACCCCCAAUGCAGUGUUCAACGAAUUGUUUGUCUUUGACAUUCCCUGUGAGGGCCUUGAUGAUAUCAGCAUUGAAUUUUUGGUUUUAGAUUCAGACAGAGGAUCAAGAAAUGAGGUCAUUGGCCGGUUAACCUUGGGAUCUUCAGCAGAAGGUACAGGUGGAGAGCACUGGAAGGAAAUUUGUGAAUAUCCUAGGAGACAAAUUGCCAAAUGGCAUAUGUUGUGUGAUGGUUAGCAGCUCAAAGAGGGGUUGGAACUUGAAAAACUAUAUAUAUUUCCAUAGGCAAGGAGCAGUUUUCUUUCUUUGCUAUGUAUAAUUACAGGCUUGUAACUACAAGACUUUUUUUUUUUUUUUUUUUUUUUUUUGUGAGGGUUGGGGAGUAAAAACUGGAUUGAAUUAUCAAAAUAGAAGGUAACUAAAUUUUCACAGUAAAUAAAGGAAUUUCUAUUUCAUUAGGCUUUAACUUAAUUUGAUUAAAUUUAUAUUCUUCUGUAGUUUACACAGCCUAAAACUUCUGAAGCAGUAUAAACUUCAAUAAGGACUACGCUUUACCAAAAAAAACAAAAAAAAAGUCACUAGAAACCUUAUUAGUAGUGUUAUA